AUAAUGGAAACAAUUGAUGGCUCAUCAAGCGGCUCACAAUUUUUCAAAUUAUUUGGAACCUCAACUGAAGAUGAAAUUUCUAAAAGUAUUGGUGGUAUUGUCUCAUUAUCACAGCGAAAUAGUCCAUCAACUCAUAAUUGGGAUGUUAAUGAUCUACUUGGACCAUGGCCUACAGGAAAUAAUAUUAAUUCAACCACCACCUCUACCAAUAAUAAUGUUAACAACAACAAUAACAACAACAACAACAACAUGAUUAAUAAUAAUAAUCUAAAUAAUAUUAAUAGUAAUAGUAAUAAUAUUAACAGUAUAAAUAACUCUCGUGGUUUCCACGGUAAUCCAUGUCCAUUACGAAAUGAUGGUAGUAGCUUUCAAGCACCCGGUAGUAAAACAAAUUGUUCAAUUGAUUCGUAUAAUAUUGGUUCUUCAUUAUUGUCUCGUAAAGGAUUAACCGAGUCUAAACUAAACUGUGAUGGAUUAUGGAGUACCAAUGAUCUGUUUUCACCAUUAUCUGAUAGCUCUUACAAUUCAUUGUUAUCCACAUCUACCUCUCUUUCUAAAGGCUUAGAGCCAUGUAUCAAUACAAAUACUUCCAAUACUACCUCUUCUUCAUCAACAGUAGCCUCUUGUUUUGAUAAUGUUACCUUAAAUCACCACCACAUUCAACGAAAUGACCUUGCUUCAUCGAUUUCAUUAAAUCUUAAUGGUAACAAUAAGUCAUCAUAUCUAUUCCCGCCUCUGGUUAAAGGAAAUGGUAACUGCCUUUACGAUAUUGAACCAGGGACCAGCAUUUGUCAUUCUAAUGCUGUUAAUGUAGCAACAUCUCGCCGUGGAACCCUUUCCAGUCAUUAUGCCUCAUCAUCAUCUUCUUCCUCCAUUGUUGACUCACCACGAAUCCAUGAAGAUGAAUUUGAAUCUCAAAUAGCCAAGAUAGCCAACGAGAUUCAUUCGACCAUCCAGUUACACAUGAGUGGCCUACAAAUUCGCCGGGAACAGCUUCUCCAGCAAUUAGAGAAUGUAAAAAGAAUCUAUUUACAGCUCUUUAAACAACAACAACAACAACAACAGUCAUCACCAUCAUCACCAUCAACGGGAUCUUCCUGUUCAUCAGGUAGCCACAAUAUUGAAGGAAAUGGACUUGGCGGAGGUUUUAAUUCCAGCAAUAAUGGUAAUACCAAUUCUAAUAAUGGACACCGGCGAAUUGGAUUCAAUCAAAGUCGACCAUGUUAUGAUUCAAACUCGGAGAUUGGUGGUCAUUCAUUGCCAAUACCAAGUGUUACCUUUAAUAAACCAGAUUCAGCUCUUUUAAAGGCAGUAUCAUCUUUAGGGUUUCUAACAACUCCAGCGUUUGCACCUUGCUGUUCUGCUACCGGUGAUGGUCUUGAAGUAGCGGUUCCCGGUUUGAAUAAUAAUUUCACUAUUGUUACACGUAAUUGUUUCAAUGAAGAAUUACUAGUUGGCCGGGAAAAUAUUUUUGUUAAAAUUGUACCAUCAUUCAAUUCAUCUUCCUCCUCCACAACUCAGAAUUCAUCUUCUGCAUCGUCUCCAUCUUCGUCCGGUUCUUUAUCCCCAUUAAUUUGUGCCUCAAUUUAUGGAGCAGGUAAUGGUAAUGGUAAUGGUGGUAAUGGUGGUAAUUGUCAUGGUGUUAAAGAUGUGGUUAAAGAUAUACUUGGAUUGGACAUAGGCUCAAAUUCAUCUAAUUCAAAUAAUCAUAAUCAACAUUUAGGAUCAUCCCAAUCAUCAACUUUAAACAUACCUUACACUUUACUGGAUCAUAAUAACGGAAAAUACACUGUAACCUAUUUAGUACCACAAUCACGAACAUUACCAAGUGAAUUGAUUAUUACAGUAUUGGUUAAUUGUAUACCUUUAAAUGAAUCCCCUUUCCAUGUACCGGUGCAAUUAGAGCAACGAUCUAGAUGGCGUUUAGGUUUAACCUUUGGCUCAGAGGGUAAUGCAAUUGGUCAAUUGUGUCGACCAUGGGGUGUUGCUAUUGUACGAAUGCCUCCAUUUAUGUUGACUCCUCAAUAUUUGGCUACAAGUUCCAUUAUUAAUAAUGGUGGUGGUGGUGGUGGUAUUGGUACCAAUGGCUGUGGUGAAAAUAUAAACAACGCAACUAACUCAUCAUCUUCAAUUAAUUCAAAUCAUUACAAUUCAACAAGUACGGGUAACUCUUGUUCAUCAUCAUCUCUUACGGGUAAUCAAGUCACCUCGCAGACUUGUUCAAAUAUUAUUACUUUAACAACAACUACUACGGGUAUGACUGUUGGCAGUGGUAAUGGUAACCAUCAACAACAGUCACAGCAACAACAAAAACAAGUAAAUCAACAAUUCGGGUGUGACAAAAUACCUCAAUCAUUAUCUUCAGGACAUUUACAAUCAACUAAUCAAAGCACAACACAACAUUUACAGACCAACAAUUCAUUGUCUGGUCAAUCGACUACUGGUAACUCAUAUACCUCAUUUUUCUCGUCUGAUAACUCAAUCGGUAAUUCCCUUGGAAAUACUUCUACUUCUAUUGUUGGCCUCUCAAUGUCAACAAACAACUCAAAUGUUACUGCAACAAAUUCGAUUACGGGUAUUGAAUCGUCUUCAUGUGCAUCAUCUUCAUUAUCAUCUUCAACGGGACCUGGUCCCAACACCAAUCGAAACGGGUCUAAAAGUACAACAAUUAGCAAAAAUCAUAAUAAACAUUAUCUGAUUGCGGUCGCUGAUCGUAGUAACAAUCGUAUUCAAUUAUUACACUUUGAUGCUGGUUCAAUGAGUAUCAAAGUUAUUCAAGUCUUUGGUUCGGGUCCAGGGACUAGAGCUGGACUUUUUGAUCGGCCUGCGGGUAUAACAAUUAAUACAAGUUUAAAUCAUAUAAUUGUUGCCGAUAAGGAUAACCAUAGGAUUCAAGUGUUUGACCUUUCAGGAAGAUAUCAAUUUAAAUUUGGUGAAAAGGGAAAUCGAGCCGGACAAUUCUGUUAUCCAUGGGAUGUAGACUCUUGUUCCCAUACUCAUCAAAUUUUGGUCAGUGAUACACGAAAUCGACGGGUCCAAUUAUUUACACCAUACGGACAAUAUAUAACCCAUUUUUCACAUCCCUUGGAUUCACCACGAGGUGUUUCCUUCCUUGGUGACAAUCGGAUCGUUGUUUCUGAUUUUAACAAACACAGGCUUCUAAUUUUCGACAAAUUCCCAUCUAAAGAGGAUGCAUCUAAAGUAAUUGGUUUCGGCGAAGGAACUGGUUGGGGUGAAUUCUUACGACCACAAGGGAUUUCGAUCUUGGGUAACUCUAUUUUCUGUGCUGAUUCUCGCAACAAUCGGAUCUGUAUCUACAAUCUUUUCACUCAAUCUUUCGAGUAUCUUGGACAAGAUUUAAACUGUGACCGACCUUCAGGUCUUCAUGUUAUCGAUAAUAUCCUGGUUAUCGUUGAUUUUGGCAACAAUCGACUUCAAAUUUGUCAACGUUGAUGACAACUUAUUUCUAAUUAUCUUCUCAAAAUUAUCUCUUCUCAUCCUUUUCUCCCUUUUACCCUCUCCUCUCUCUCUCUCUCUUUCCCCUCUAUUUCUUUUUUCUCUUUUUCUCUCAUCUAUCCCUAUUACCUCUCUUAAUUGUUACCCUUUAUUUGGGUUGCGUAUCUUUUAUCUGCUUUUCCAUUUCAUCUCUUUUUCCUCUUCUUCCCUUACAUCUUCCUCUCUCUCCCUUUGUCCUUCUCAAUGACACACAUCCAAUAACUGUCCAUACUACGGGUAUCCUUAGACAGAAGAAGCAAAAAAAAAAUUACAUUCUUUUAACUUCUUAAUUUCUAUUUAAUUUUCCUUCUAUCAACAACUUUCAUCAUGCUUUUUCCCUCUUCUAUAUCUGCAUGUGUCUUUCUAAUUCAAAUCAACGUAUAUACAUAUACAUAUUAACUACUCUAUUAAUUGUUUCAUCAAACUAGAAUUCAAUCCAUUACAAUCAACUACUACACACGAAAAAAAAUACAUCAAAAACAACAAAAAAUACGCUUUACCUCCUAUUCCUCCUUUAAACAUAUAUAUUAGCAUGUUUACCCUUUCAACCUUUCGAAUCAGAUCUUUUAUUAUUAAUAGUUAAUUGUCUCUCUAACAUGUCUCAAUGUCUUUAUUGUUACAACCCUCACCUUCCCUUAAUUAUAACGUUAAUCAACCUAAAAUCAAAAAAAAUACAAUGUUAAUCUAGUGUCUGAUGAGAUGCAAGAACAAAAGUUA